ACCGCGCGAGCCCAUCACACCGAACCCAACUCUUCACUCCCCUUCCCUUCUCUUCCGACCCCGAGGGGAAAAUCCGACUACUCGCCUUCCCUCCCUCCUCUCCUCUCGCGUCCCCUGGCCGGCGUCCUGCUGCCCGAUUCGAGGGCGCGCGCCCUCCCCACCGCUCGCGACGCGCCUCGCCGGCCGCGCCAACCCUCGAGCUCGCUUCGGGAGCGCCCAGCUUCACCACGGUGGCCGUUCCUCCGCGGCGCCCGCUGGUGGGCGAUGCGAUCGGAUGAGUUGGCAGCGGCGGCGGCGGCGGCGCUUCGUGGAGCGGAGGAGGAGGGAGGCCUUGUGCUGUCCCGCGGCGGCGCUGCCCCCGCCGCGGCCACCCCUCGGAGCCGGUGAUGGCCCCGACCGCGGAGCCGUCUUCGCCGCCGCCGCCGCGGCGCCCCCGCACGGGCCCACCCCCGGGGCUGAAGAACCUCGGCAACACCUGCUACCUCAACAGCGUCCUCCAGUGCCUCGCGUCCACACCGCCCCUCGCCACGUUCUGCCUCGCCUCGCGCCAUUCCAACCUGUGCAAGAAAGUGUUCCCGAACAGGGACAAGGAGUGCGUGUUCUGCGUGCUCGAGCGCCAGAUCGCCCGGCUCCUUCGGGCAGAUGCAGGGGCGCUCGACUCGCCAGCAAAGAUCAUCCGCUGCAUUCCCCUAUUCGCUGAGCACUUCCGAUGGGGGCGCCAGGAAGAUGCGCACGAGUUCCUUCGCUACGUCGUAGACGCCUGUCACACUGCUGGUCUCCGCAUGCGCAAGCGGUUACCCGCGGCAAUUGCCAAUGGAAACUGUGGUGAGGAGGAGGGCCGGGGGCAGGGUGCGUGCAUGGUUAUGAGGGAGACAUUUGGUGGGGCGCUGCUUAGUCAGGUGAAGUGCCUUGUGUGCAAGGGAGAGUCAAACAAGACAGACGAGAUAAUGGAUAUCAGUCUUGAUCUACCUGGGAGCAGUUCUGUUGCUGAUGCCCUUGCUCGCUUCUUUCAGCCGGAGAUCUUGGAGGGUGCGAACAAAUAUAGUUGCGAAAGAUGCAAAAAGCUCACCUCAGCACGUAAGCAAAUGUUUAUACUCAGGUCACCUAAGGUGCUUGUCAUACAACUCAAGAGGUUUGAGGGGAUAAAUGGUGGAAAGAUAAACAGGAAUAUAGAAUUCAAGGAGGCUCUUGUUCUUUCUGACUUCAUGUAUAAUAAAAACCAGGAUCCACAACCAGCAUAUAAUCUUUUUGGCUGUAUCGUCCACUCAGGGCUCUCUCCCGAGUCUGGUCACUACUAUGCAUAUGUUAAGGAUGCUAUUGGUCGAUGGUUUUGUUGUAACGAUUCUCAUGUCUCCCUAUCAAGCUCUCAGAAUGUUUUGUCUGAGAAGGUCUAUAUCCUAUUUUAUAUACUGAAUUCGAAAAAUCAAAAGCCUAGUACAAAUGGUUACUCUUCUACUGCAGCUAAGUCUUUCAGCACCAAUGGAAUUGGCAUAUCAAGCACCUCAUCUAGUGAGACCUUGAAGAUACCUUUGGUAAAACAGAAUGGUUCAUGUUCUACCAAAGGUAAUGCAUUGCUGCCCCUGAAGAAUGGCAAGAUUGCAUCAGGUCCACUUAUCAAGCCGAUUCACUUUAAGAAUAGUGUGACAGAAAAGGUUAAGUCAAAUGGCAAAGAAAACCUCCCUUCAAAAAUGAACCCAGAAGUUAAUGAGAGUGCUACACUGUCAGUAUCAAAUGAGCGCAUGACUGGAAAAUUUGUGGAACCCAGUAAAAAGAGUGCCGAUGGUACUAUUUCUUGUGGAAAGAUUGAUGAUCAUUCAGAAAGAAAAUUGCAGGAUGCAAAUGGAAAUGGCCAUCCAAUUCAUUCCCAGUAUCUUGGUGAGGCAAGUAAUGGUAAUACCACAUGUGCUCAACAGUAUUCUGAGAAAUCAUCUGGUGCCCUUGCCUCUAAAAGUCCAGUUUUACAUCAUGAAAUCGAAGAGUCUGCAAACUCAGUAAAGGAUGUGGUGAUUUCAGGCAAGGAUAGAGCGCACUCGAAACGCCAACUUGAAGAAGACAAGUUUAAGGAAGAGCUUGCUGAGUCAGCUUCUUCUGAGCUUCGGCUGUCUGUUUGGGUGGAUGAUGUCUGUGAUUUUAUGCGCUCACAAAAGAGACGGCGAAUUCAAAGCUCAGGCAUUCCUCAAGAUGUUGAUUCAAUGAGAAAACACCUAAAAUCAGAUUCUGAAAGAAUAUUUAGAUCAAAAGUUCCGGAGUCACUGGUGGAAAAUCUCAUUAAACGCCUGAGACCAUACUUUGAGGGCAUAUAUCCACCAAAUGCUUAGUUUUUCAUGCAGUAGUUCUUCAGAAUCCACUUAGGUGCCAAUUGGAUCUUGGUGGUCAACUAUCCAGCUCCUUGCGCGGCUUAUUUUUGAGGACAUUUUUGUUUUCCUUCCUGAGUUUAAGACGAGGAGUGGCCAAGUUGCAUGUACAAUAUCCUUUUUGAUGCUAUUAUUCCCCAUGCUAUAGGCACCAAUAUCCCCACCCUGAUUCUCUCCCUUUAUGUCUAGAAUGUAGAAGAUCCUUCCUUUUCUUUUGUAACAUAAUAGCUGGCAGGUUAAAGCAUGAGUUAUCAUGUUUUUUGACCGGACAAACGAACUCACACCCUUUCAGGUCCCUGAUUUUGGACAAGUUCAGUUAUGGGGUGAACACUCGAUAGAAACAUUUGUAGAUUUUUGGUGUAAUCUCUGGGUGCAAAUUGCCCUGAGAAUACAUGAAUUUUGAGUUUUGAUCAUUUGAUGGCA